GCAAAUGAGGGAAUUAAUUACAGAUCUUAGGUUCCUUGUAAUAUGCAAGGUGCCCAACUUAUUAUAUUACCAAACAUUAUUCCUUCUCAUAAAUUCUAAUUACUCCUCAUCUCAUUUCAUAUGACAUUUUCUUUUAUUUCGUCCCAAAAAAUUAUAUCAUCUUAUUAUAUUUAAAAUAAUUUAAUUUUAUUUCUUUUUAAUUAAUAAAAUAAAUUAAAAUCAAAUAAUAUCACGUCAAAUAGAAUGGGAGUAUUAUAUUUUUAUUUUCAGUAACUUUCUUUACCCAACCCCAAAAUGAAUGACCAAUCAAAUUUAUGCAGCUGACGAAUAAUACUAUAUAAGUAUUAUUUCUUCUGCUACUUGCUUACUCAUACAUUUAAAAUUUCACAAAGCAUUUAAAGCACCCAUUGCAUUCCUUGUGACUAUCGUUUCACUCUCAAUCUUCUCAUUCACAUACCAUAUUUUCAGUAUCUUUUCUUUUCAUUUACACGGGCCAUGGCCCAUAACCUAUUUCGGGCCAAACAACAAUCGUCUUCUUCAAGAGACAAAUCUCUGUUCGCGGCGGCCAUAGUUGCUUUUUUACUUGUCUGUGCUAUUUGGUCAUUUACUGAUCCUUUGCCCAGUUUAUCAGGUUUGUUAUACAGUCAGGAUAUUACUUCACCUGAAUAUUGCCCGCCUGGAAGGGAAGCCGUUGACCGGGGAUCCGACCCACCGGAGAAGACAUUCUACGAUGACCCGCAACUCAGUUACACCAUUAACAAACCAAUCAAAAAUUGGGACGAGAAGCGUAUCCAGUGGCUGAAACUUCAUCCUUCAUUCGCCGCCGGAAGAGCUAACCGUGUGCUCCUCCUCACUGGAUCACAGCCAACUCCAUGCAAGAACCCUAGAGGUGAUCAUUUGCUUUUAAGGUUUUUUAAAAACAAAGUUGAUUACUGUAGAAUCCAUGGCUACGAUAUUUUCUACAGCAACAAUUUUUUCCACCCUAAAAUGCGUUCUUAUUGGGCCAAAAUACCGCUUGUUCGGGCCGCCAUGCUGGCCCAUCCUGAAUCCGAGUGGAUUCUGUGGGUUGAUUCAGAUGCUAUCUUCACUGAUAUGGAUUUCAAAAUCCCAUUACACAAGUACAAUGACUAUAACUUCAUCGUCCAUGGCUGGCCUGACAUGAUUUUCAAGAAGAAAAGCUGGGUGGCUAUUAAUGCAGGGAUAUUUCUGAUCCGAAACUGUCAAUGGUCCAUGGAUUUCUUAGAUGUUUGGGCUAAUAUGGGCCCGAAAAGCCCCGAAUACGAGCAAUGGGGCAAAAUUUUACGGACAACUUUCAAGGACAAACCGUUCCCGGAGUCAGACGAUCAAUCAGCACUGAGCUAUAUAUUACUGAAAGGAGAAGAAAAAUGGAGGAGCAAAAUACAUGCGAUUACUGAUUACUCUUUGCACGGAUACUGGCUAGGAAUAGUAAACAGAUUUGAAAAAAUCACGGAGAACUACACGAAGAUAGAUAGAGAAGUACCAAGGCUACGCAGGAGACACGCUGAGGCAGUGAGUGAAACUUAUGCAGCAGCGCGGGAACCGUUGGUGGCGGAGGGCGGUGAUUGGAAGGGCGGAUGGAGGCGGCCGUUUAUCACGCACUUCACGGGGUGUCAGCCGUGUAGUGGGGACCACGCCCCGGAGUAUGUGGGCGAUUCAUGUUGGGUGGGAAUGGAACGAGCGUUGAACUUUGCGGAUAAUCAGGUGCUGCGUAAUUUCGGAUUCAUGCACGAUGAUAUCAAAAGCAAUUCACCGGUCUCUCCAGUAAAUUUCGAUUUUCCUGCAGAAGAGGUAGAAGAAUUCGUGUGAAAAAACGAAUUGCCUCCGUUUUUACUGUGGUAGGAUUAAAUCAGGUUACACAUAAUUAAGUCUUGUGAAUUUUGGAUGCUAUUUGAUUCAGUACCAAUGUAUUUGAUAGUUAUUUGUAAUGGCAAAAAAGUUUUAUAAUCCCAUACAGAUAACAAGGGGACAAAGCAAUUCACUAUGGCCUAAGCGGCUAUUUUACCAUCCUUUUUCUUAGUUCAUGGUAAUUGUAAUGUUUUUUUUAUGUUAAAA